AUGAUCAAUGCUCAGAAUAAUAAUUCAAAACCUCUUGUCGCAAUCUUAGGUGGUGGAUUGAUGGGAACUGGAAUCGCACAGGUUUGCAUUCAAUCCGGAUAUCCUGUGAACUUGUAUGGUAGAUCUGAGAAGAGACUCCUCGAAUCCCGCGAAACAAUUAAGAAGAGUUUGAAGCGAGGUGUCGCUAAGAAGAAUCCAGAAAUCGCCAACGAUAACGAGGCAAUUGAGAAAAUUGUUGAUUUGAAGAUCUCACUUCUUCAAAUGUUCACUGAUAUUGGCUCCGCCGUUGAAGAGGCAGCUAUGUGCAUUGAAGCAGUCGCCGAGAAUCUCGAUUUGAAAUUGGAGGUUUUCCAAAUCGCUCAGAAAUCUUGCCCAAAGAGCUGCAUCUUGAUAACGAACACUUCGUCGUUGAAAUUGGCUCAAAUGACUCCGGUGAUCAACGAUCCUUCGUCUUUUGCAGGCUUGCACUUUUUCAGCCCUGUUCCGGUUAUGAAACUCGUCGAGGUGGUGAGCACCGAUGAAACCUCGGAGAAUACCAAAGAAACACUCUUCGAAUUCUGUAAAGACAUUGGAAAACACCCGGUUGCUGCAAAGGACACUCCGGGAUUUAUUGUCAAUCGCUUAUUGAUCCCUUAUUUGAUGGACUCAAUUCGUAUGCUCGAACGUGGAGACGCGUCGAAAGAAGACAUUGAUACCGCCAUGCGUUUUGGAACUUCUUAUCCAAUGGGACCAAUCGAGUUGUGCGACUAUGUUGGAUUGGAUGUUCUUCAAAGCACAUUGAAAAUCUUCCGUCAAUCAUUCCCUAAUGAUCCACGCUUCGCACCCAUUGAAUUAAUGGACAAAUUGGUGGCAGAAGGAAAACUUGGAAGGAAGACGAAGCAAGGAUUUUAUACAUACUGA